AAACAAUUUUUAUAUAAAUUUAGACCCCAUUUGAAGGUUAAUGUUGGAUGGGGGAUUUGAUAUCAACUUAUCAGAUUUAUUUAUUAUUGACUGAAUUGUUGUUGAAAGUUUUUGGCUGAAAAGUAUAAAUACACAUCUUUAAAACCAGUUGUAAACAAUUAAAAUCAUUUAGUAGUUAAACGCAGUACUAGGUAAACUGAUCUCGCUCAUAGAAAAAAUGGUAGUAAGGAUUGGUAUCAACGGCUACGGCCGUAUCGGACGCCUGGUCCACAGAGCUUCAUUAUCAAUGGAGAAUGUUGAGGUGGUCCACGUUAACGACCCAUUUAUGACCCCGGACUACAUCAAGUACUUGUUCAAGCACGACUCAGUUCACGGCUCACUCCCCUAUGAAUUAUCAGUAACCAGCGAGCACCUCAUGGUUGGCUCAAAGAAGGUCCACCUCACUUUCGAGAAGGACCCAGCAGCAAUCCCCUGGGGUAAAAACGACGUCGACGUUGUCGCCGAGUGCUCUGGAGUGUUCACAAGCACCGAGAAGGCCAAGCUUCACCUUGAGGGAGGAGCAAAGUUGGUUGUGAUCUCAGCGCCAACCAGCGACUCCACCCCAAUGUACGUUUUCGGAGUCAACCACACCACCUACGACAAGUCUGUCCGCGUUAUGUCAAACGCAAGCUGCACCACCAACUGCCUAGCUCCACUCGCCAAGGUUGUCAAUGACAACUUCGGAAUUGUCGAGGGACUAAUGACGACAGUCCACGCAGUUACUGCCAACCAGCUUACUGUUGACGGAGCUUCAAGAGGUGGAAAGGACUGGCGUGCAGGUCGUUGUGCAGGAGUCAAUAUCAUUCCAGCCUCAACAGGAGCUGCCAAGGCUGUGGGAAAAGUCAUCCCCGAGCUUAACGGGAAACUCACCGGCAUGGCGUUCCGUGUCCCAGUCUCCGACGUUAGCGUUGUUGACCUCACUGUCAAGCUUGCCAAGCCUGCGAAGUAUGAAGACAUUGUCAGGGUGGUCAAGGACGCAGCUGCGGGCCCAAUGAAGGGAGUUCUCGGCUACACUGACGACGAGGUUGUAUCCUCGGACUUUGUCGAUGACAAGAGGUCCAGCGUCUUCGACGUCAAGGCCGGAAUAUCACUCAACGAUACCUUCGUCAAGUUGGUAUCCUGGUACGACAACGAGUGGGGAUAUUCUAACAGGCUCCUUGACCUCGCCCACUACGUUUUCCAGAAAUAUUCAUCUUAAUUUGUGUAUUACAUUCA